CCCAGGUUUCCAGGCUCACCAUGGACAUCCGAGAAACAUUCAAAGAGAUCAAAGCUGCAAUGGAGGAAAGUCCUGCUGCAGGAGCUGCAAAGGUCCAAGAGCUUCUCGAAAAGCAGGAUAAUAUUCCACUAAAUAUUGGUGUCACAGGAGAAACAGGUGCUGGUAAAUCCACUUUCAUUAAUGCCUUCAGAGGUCUGAAAAACACAGAUGAGGGAGCUGCUCCUGUUGACUGUACUGAAACCACCAUGGAGGUUCAACAAUACCCUCAUCCAAACUACCCAAAUGUCAUAUUAUGGGACAUGCCUGGUAUAGGCAGCAUGACCUUUCAAGCUAAUGAGUACCUGAAGAAAGUCAAUUUUGAAAUAUUUGAUUUUUUCGUCAUCAUCUCAGCUGAUCGAUUCAGAGAGCAUGACAUGAAGCUCGCUUUGGAGAUUCAGAAGAUGAACAAAAAGUUCUACUUUGUUCGUUCAAAGAUUGACCACAGCUUACGUGAUGCGAGAGAUGAUGAAAAAGACUUCAACAAACAAAGGACUCUGAGUAAAAUCAGAGAAAACUGUGUUCAAAAUCUGCAGAAACUUGGUUUCCAGGCUCCACAGGUCUUCUUGGUCUCCAGCCGUAGACUCCACCUGCAUGAUUUUUCUCUCUUACAUGAGACUUUAGAGCGAGAACUUCCUGCACACAAGCGUGAUGCUCUGCUGCACGCCAUGCCCAUUGUCAACGCUGAAAUCCUUAAAAAGAAAGAGGAUGCAUUUCAUUCCAAGAUUAAAUGGUGGGCUACUUUAUCUGGAAGUGUAGGAUUAAUCCCAGUUCCGGGGGUUUCUAUGGCUGUUGAUAUAGGCUUACUGGUUGGUGUUGUCAAAAAGUAUCAAGUCGGCCUUCGUCUUGACAAGAAGUCACUAGAGAAUCUGUCCCACACCACAGGUGUACCUCUGAGUGAACUUCAAGCAGUGAUGAAAUCACCCUUAGGUGGACAGAAAAUUACAGGACCUUUGCUAGUUAGGCUCUUGUCCAUGGGUGCUGUCCAAGUUACACUAAUAGCAGUAGAGGAAGGGCUCAGAUUCCUUCCAGUUAUUGGAUUUUUAGGAGCAAUAGUUUCUUUUGUCUCAACCUAUCAAGCUCUGAAGUUUUUCCUCAACAUGCUUGCUGAGGAUGCACAGAAUGUUUUCAGGAGAGCCCUCGGUCUGAACACCUCAGUGUGAGCUCAGUGUUCUGUCAUCUCACAUCAAGCCCAAAAUUUGAACCCACAGCAUCUUUGUAGAUCACACUCUCAAAGAAAAUCAGCAGAAACUAUGAGCGCAAACUUGAUCUAAUCAUGAUGACAUCCAGCCAGUAAAUCUCGUACCAGCUGCCAUGAAUAGACAAGUUUCUUUUUAUAUCUUUGGAUACUAAUGAGUUAUUGACUGUGGAGAUUUUAAUGUGACUGCAUUGGUUCCAGAAUUUAAUCACUGAAUAAAGAUUAUAAACAUCUUUAUCUUGUACUUGAACUUUUGGAUUGCUUAUAAAGUUAUUAGUGUUUACAUGUAUAUGAUCCUGUGGUUACACCCACAGGAGGCCAUCCCAGAUAUAAAAUUAGUGUUGCUCAAUUUUGAGAUGACAAAUCAAAUCUGUCUGGUCAUCUCAAAAUUGAGCAACACUUUCUGUGGAUGUUUUUUUUUUUUUCAUACUGGAAUUUCAUUACGCUUUUUAGUAAUUUGAGUUGGUAUUUCUAAAUUUUUUUUCCCCUUAAUGUUCUGCACAUAAGAGUAUCUCAGUUUCUUUUUAUAUCGUUGAUGUGUUAUUCAGCUUUCAGGCUCCUCUCCUGUGGAACCAGCUCCCAAUUCGGAUCAGGGAGACAGACACCCUCUCUGCUUUUAAGAUUAGGCUUAAAACUUUCCUUUUUGAUAAAGCUUAUAGUUA